AUGUCCUGCUGCUGCUCACUGCUUGCCUGGGCCCUCCUCACCCUCCUCGGGCCCGGAGCAGCUCGAGAAAACCCGAACUGCUGUGGCCCCAUCGUGCCCCGGAGAGAGUGGGGGGCCCUGGCGUCCGAGUGCCACCAGAGCCUAAAGUCGCCCAUGCGCUACGUGGUGGUGUCACACACGGUGGGAAACCCCUGCGACACCCCGGCCUCCUGCCUGAAGCAGGUCCAGAACGUGCAGAGCUACCACAUGCGGAACCUGGGCUGGUGCGACGUGGGCUACAACUUCCUGAUAGGAGAAGAUGGGCUUGUGUAUGAGGGCCGGGGCUGGAACAGACAGGGCGCCCACGCAGGUUCUGCCUGGAACCCCAAGUCUAUCGGCAUCAGCUUCAUGGGUAACUACAUGGAGCGGGCGCCCCCACUACGAGCCCUCAGGGCAGCCCAGAGUCUGCUGGCCUGUGGCGUCGCCCAGGGAGCCCUGAUGACCAACUACGAGGUCAAAGGACACCGGGAUGUGCAGGACACGCUCUCUCCAGGCGACCAGCUCUAUGAAAUCAUCCAGACUUGGCCACACUACAAGGACUGAGGCACUGCAUAUCUCCCCCACCCAGUCAGAAACCCCACUGCCCCCCCUGCAAUAAAGGUGCACUCACUGUGA